AUGUUUAUCCUUAUUUUUUUCUUUGUUCGCUUGAUUUCAUCAGAAUUAUUAUAUUCUCCAUUGUAUUUUUCUGGCUAUCGAAAUUCUUUUAAAGCUAUUCAUUAUGAUUUACCGAAUGCAAAUCUUAUACUCUCAUCGCCACACGCUGGCAGUGACAUUCCAGGUGACAUACCCGAUCGUACCAUUGGUGGUUGCCAACGAAAUAAUUCAACUGUAUGUACAUUUCGUUUUGAUGACUUCUGUUCUGAUGGAAAUCGUUGCUCCAUUACAACUGUACAAGAUUUCGCUAGUUACGACCAAUUUACUGAAGAUCUAGUCGAUGAAUUGUAUAGAACGUAUAAUCUAUUACCAUUUGCUAUUGUUGCUCAAUGGAAUCGAAAGAAAAUUGAUUUUAAUCGUGAAAUAAAUGAAGCUACAUUUAAUCAUCCGAAGACGAUAAAAGCAUAUACUAGAUAUCACAAUUAUUUACAAAAAACGGUGAAACAAAUUCAAAAGAAAUAUAAUGGUACUGGCUUAUUACUUGAUAUUCAUCAGCAUGGACAAGGAAAUUAUACAAUGAUUGGGAUUCGUCUAUCAGGUGACCAACUAAGUAACGGUAUUUUAUCGCCAACUUCAAUUGAAUCUCUUAUUGAAUUAUCCUGCCCACAAAAUCGAAGUGAAUGCAUAAGUGGUUCUAAAUCGCUCGGCACAUUUUUCGAAUCGAAUGGUCUUGGCAUAUCAUAUCCUUCUCUAAAUAAUCCAAAACCGAACAAGAACGUUUUUUACAAGGGUGGUUUUAUAACAAAUCAUUAUUCAUCAAAUAUUAAUGUCAUUCAAACUGAACUUUCGUAUGUUGUACGAAACGAAUUCGACUCGAAGAUUUAUGUCGAAAAGUAUGCUAAAGCUAUCACUAGUUUUAUGAAAGCAAAUCAAUUGCUGCAAUAG